CCUUAGGGGAGGGAGAAUGGGGGUGGCCCGCCAAGACCAGUUCCCAGCGCGUCCUUAAGUUCCGCGUCGCUUUAAGGCGGAGGCCCGGGAGGGGGCCGACCCCGCCCGCCGGCCGGGCGCACUGGUCCAGACUCCGGCAUUUCCUCCCCGCUCGCUGGCGCGGCCUCGCCUCCCCUCGGAAGAGGAAACUCCCGGCCCGAGUAACGGAACGAGCGCGGAGGAGAGCGGCGGGGAGCCCGGCGUCCGGAGGGCUGCCCGGGUAGGCGGCGAGCCGGGCGGGCAGAAGCUGGCCGCGGGCAGCGCGCCGGGGCGCUGGGAGGGGAGGGCCGCCCGGCCGGACGCGGAGCGCCGCCGGCGCAGGGCGCGGCCCGGAGCCUGGGAGCCGAGGGCGGGCCGCAGCUGGAAGGAGAACUUGAGCUGGGAGAGGAGGCCGAGCCGGGAGACGGCUUCCCCCGGCCCUGCGUGGGGGGAGCCGCCGCCGCGAAGGCGAAGGAGCCCGGGACCGCGGAGCUGCUGGGGUGCUGCGCGCAUGCUGGGACCGGGGCACCGCCGGGGCUGGCGCCCGGCAUGUCGGUGCAUUAUACCCUCAACCUGCGCGUCUUCUGGCCCCUGGUGACCGGCCUGUGCACCGCCUUCGUGUGCCUAUACCAUGUCCUGCGAGGGAGCGGGGGCGCCCGGGCCGAGCCCCCCGACGGCGCGGACGGCGGCUUUCCGCUGCUCAAGAUCUCCGUCCUGCUCCUCCUUGGCUACGUCCUCCUCCGCUGUCGCCACGCCAUCCGGCAGCGCUUCCUGCCCGGCUCUCCCCGCCUGGGGGGUCACUCCACCUUCUCCCCGAGACACUUCCAGGAGCCCAGCCUCGACAUCUUGCUGGAGAGUUACUACGAGCACGAGGUGCGCCUGUCACCGCACGUGCUGGGCCACAGCAAAGCGCACGUGAGCCGGAUCGUGGGCGAACUGGUGCGGGCUGGCCGCGCUCGGGGGUCCCCAGGCCCUAUUCCCGGGGGCACGCUGGCCUUGGCCUUCCGCGGAGACUUCAUCCAGGUGGGCAGCGCCUACGAGCAGCAUAAAAUCCGCCGGCCAGACGCCUUCGACGUGCUGGUGCCACUGCGCCUGCCGCCGCUGGUGGCGCUGGAGCCGCGGGGCCUGGGCGCGCAGCCCGCGGUGGGCCCGGCCUUGCACGGCUGCUUCGUGUGCGCGCUCAGGGCGCCGCCGGGGGCCUCGGGAGGCCACUGGCUCCGGGACUGCAAACCCUUCGCUGAAGGCUUCUGCGUGGACGUGCGCGGGCGGCGCCUCCUCUCGGCCGCCCUGGUGCUGCGCUGGUUCCAGGCGCAUCUGCAGCGGUCCCUGGCCACCGUGCGCUACAGCCUGGAGGAGCGCUGCCGGGUCACCCUGACUCCGGGCGGCCUGGAGCAGCCCCCCACCCUGCACAUCCUGCCCUGCCGCACCGACUACGGCUGCUGCAGACUUUCCAUGGCCGUGCGGCUCAUUCCCGCCGUCCACGUGGGCGAUGGUGUCUUCCUCGUGGCUCCACCGCCGCUCUCCUUACCCGCUGGGCCCCCGUCCGAGCUCCCGGAAGGCCUGCGUGCAGAUGCGCUUUGGGGCGUGAACACAGCCCGGCAGGAGCAGAAGCUGCUGGGCUGGCUGCAGGAACGGGCCCCUCCAGGUGCCUGCUACCUCAAGUGCCUGCAGCUGCUGAAAGCCCUCCGAGACCUGGGCGCCCGCGGGCUGGACCCAAAGGCGGCCGCCCAGUGGGGACGCGUCCUGUCCUCGUACGUGCUCAAGACGGUGCUGCUGGCGGUGCUGCUGUACGAGAGGGCGCCGGAGCAAGGCUGGGAGGAGGCCCACCUGGGCAAGCGCAUGGACCAGCUGGUUCGCUUUCUUAGGGACUGCCUGUUGGGACGCCAGACACUCUUCCACUGUGUCCUGGGCCCCGGCGGGGCAGCAGCUGAAGUGGGCCCGCUGCCCAAGGUACUUCGUGAAGCCGCCCCUGUUGACCUCCUGGCUGCUUUCGACGGUCACGCCCGGGAACUCGUGGCUGCACGGUUGCUGUCCACAUGGCGAAGGCUGCCCCAGCUUCUGCGGGCCUAUGGGGGUCCCCGCUACCUUGCCAGGUGCUCUCCACCCCGGAGUCAGCGCCCCCAGCACACCCAGGGCUUCCCCAAAGAUGAACCGUAGACCCUGAUGGCCCAAUGCUUUUAACGCCUCUCCCACCAGGAGGGGGUGGGGAUGGCCAUGAAGCCAGUUCAACUCCAGAAAGAUGAGCUGCAGAAGGUGUUGGAAAAUUCGGAAGAUGACAUUUGGUGGCUUCAAUGACACCCUUGGGUCCACAGUCCACUAUAGUUACUGCAACUUCUUCACACCCACCAGAGUGUCCUAGGCAGGCUCCAGAAAAACAUCCUGCAGCAGCAGCUCAGAGUUGUUCCAAAUGUUGGUUUGUGUGGGAUGAUUCUGAGGAAGAAUCUGCGGAUUUUAGGAAGGUCCCGGGAAGGAAGAGAGAAAGAGAGAACGAGCAGCAGGGAGACUUCUCUCUCUUGGUUGUCACAGAUCUCUCUGGCCCUCACAUUUAAAGAAGUUAUUAUUAUUACUAUUAUUUUUUGGCAUGACUACUUGCUAGGUCUUGGGUUUCUGAUUGAUUGUUUAAAAAAAAAAAUAUCUACACCUGGAAUUGGAGUUCUAGUCUAGGGGCUACUGUUCUGAGGAACAUAGUUUCCACUCUUCAAAUGAAAGUUAAUGUAUUUUUUUUAAAUGGUGCAAUUAUUCGUGUUUGCUGGGAUUGUGAAGAAGUGAGUCACACAGGUUGAGAGGCAGUCAGGAAUUGAUUAGAGAAACUUCCAGAGCAAAUAGCACUUUAUUUUAAUCCAUCAUUUUGUGGUUAUCGCUAGUGCCAAGUGUUGCAUCUGAAAGGGAGACUAGGUGCGUUGACUGUUAAGGAAGGUGCGGUCUUGAAAAGCUGGCUGCUUUAUUUACAUCCCUCCAGGCACGUGCCCAAAUGUGGAGCAGUCAUCACCCAGUCAUUGAGCCCAUGCUGUGAUCCAGGCAAAACAGUAGCAAAGUGGCGAGGGUGGAAAACAUGUUGGGUCUUGAGAAAGAUGUAUUUUAGGCUUUGCUUAUCCAGGAGUCUCAUUGGAACUUGCUGCUGGCUGGAGACAAACACCUUUUUUUAAGGCUUUUAAGCAAACUCCUUUGCAUGAGAUUUCUUUCGGAGUUUAACGAGACAACGAGGAGGAAAUGCCUGCCUUGUAGUUAGUGCUCUCGAUGCUCAGUAAUGGUAAGUGGUUGAAAGUUAUUCUCCCAUUGCCCAAGUUGCCUGUACGGGGUCCUAAGAGCAGUUGUCAGCACAGGUCUUGCAAAGCAUUUCAUUAUACAUAGUUCAGUAUCUGGGGUUCUUUAUUUGAAGAUCCACGACUCCCUAGUCCAUCAGCAGAGGAGAAAUACAGAAGAGAGCCUGAAGAGAUGGGUGAAGGGAGAUAGCCCUUGUCAGCUUAUUCCCCCCAACCCCGUCUUUGGACAGAAAUAUCACCAGGUUGGGUGUGUCUUGCUCCUGAAAUCCCUCUUUGUCCUCCCAAAUUUCUAACAGCCCACAAUUCCAAGUUUAAAAUGGUCCAGCCUAUGCUCUCCUAUUAGAAGCUGCAGCCAGUCCCAGUGUUAUACUUUGGGAUUUUUUUUUUUUAAACAAAGACAUGUACUCUCUUAGGCUCUUAAAGGGUGAAACUUGGAAGACAGAAAUAGCCACCUGAAUAGGGCCAUUGUUUAAUUCCUGAGUUAUUUUGAGGGAACUCUAAACUUUCUUUAAGGGACCUAGCUGGCCACUGCAGGAAAUCAUUGUGAAUAAAUGAUUUAUAGGAAAUCCUCAUCAGAACUGCAAGAGAAACAGUUGCGGAUGCUCUGCUUUCCUUUGAGGUUGUUUUGAGGAGAGUUCCCCUCAAAACCUUUUGAGGUCAGUGUUAGGUUAUAAGGUACUGCUUUUAGCAAAGGGAUCAGUCUAUCGACUUUCUGCAAAGAUGUAAACUGUCCAGGGUGCAGUGGCCCCUGUAGUCAUUGAAGUCUACCGGAGUGGGGGACAUUGGCUCUGGAGGGAUUUAUAAAGCUUUAAAAGCUGAAUUUUCCAAAUAUUUCUAGCUAAGUUGAUAGGUUCUUUUUUUUUUUUUUAUCUUAGUAGUGUUUUGAAGUUUAAGUCUGGUAAUAUACUGUUCUUAUAGUUGUAAUUUUUUUUUCAGGUUAAUUACCCAAAGCCUCAUCCAUCCUCAAGAUUUUAAAUUUUUAUUAUUUUUUUAAAUUAAUGGGCAUUGUGUUUGUUAAUUUUUUUAAAUAUUAAUGUUUUAUUUAAAUGCCAUGCUGAGCAAUUGUUCUCUGGACAUGGUAACCAAAACUUGAGAAUUUUCGAUCGAUUUUGAUCAAUGUUUAGUAAUCCCAAACAUGUACUAUGUACAAAUGAAAUAAUAUGGCAUAUUAGCCAGGCAUGAUGGCUGCCCGAGGCACUUAAAUAAAGCUCAGUUCUGAGCCUUAAAUUAGGGCUCCAUCAUGAUCUUGAUCAGAAAAGUACACAUUUUUGGUGUACACCUGGUACUGGAGACUCAUAUUUGCAAAUAUUCUUAUACAGGAAGGCUCAGAAUUGCUCAUGUUAAAAAAAAAAAAUUAAUUGUCCAGCCAGUGCCCAAAGCAAAUGGAGUUUGGAGAAAAUGACUCAGCCAUUUUGCCACGAGACACCCUUCAGUAACUCUGCUGAGCGGUCUGGGAGCCAUCCUGGAACGCUCCAGGGCUGAGAGUAGGAGGAGGGGUUGGCAAAAUGAAACUGAAGUGAAAGAAGGGAGAAUGUGAGUGAACCAAGAGAAAUCUGAAGGACUCGGGAAGUAGGAUCUAAGAUGGAAGUGAAAGGAAGGAGAGCUGGGGUGGAAAUCGUGAGCAUGGGAGAGAGGUUUGGGUUAGGUAACAUAAUUUUAGGUAUGUGCUAUAUCAAAAUCAGGGGUCACAAACUCAGCAGCCUGCAGAAGCAAGGUAGAGAAGGGGUGGGUGGGCAGUGGGGACCCCCUGUCUUAAGGGGAAACAGCUAUUACUCUGCCCCAUGCAGGGGAACGGGGUAGAGAGGGUCUGGAAAUCGGGAUUUUUUUUAAAGUGAAAUUUUCAGAUUUUUAAACUAAGUCAUUUUAAAAUUUCCAAAGCACCGUGUGGGCCAAACAAAACUUGGUUAAGUCUGCAGGCCACCAGUUUGCGACCCCUGACUUACACAGUUAACCCCCCAAGUAUGUAUAAGGUUAUAUUUAUUGUUAUGGAUAUGAUGUUGUUAUACUUAGUUGGGGGAGUGAUAGUUCAGUAUUCUUUAUCUCUCAGAGCUAAGCUUUAUUGUAGAAACAAACCAAAAAUAUUAACAUGGCCACAUAUGACACUUAACUUACAAUUCCCAGAAGGACCCUCUCUCCUGGAGCUGUUCUUUGUAGCCAGAUUCUCCAGCAAACCACGGGGCCGUUCUUGGCAUUUCCUUCCUGGUGAGUCCAGGCUAAAUGCCUAGGCUGUGUUGGAGUUUGAAGAUGAGUCAUCAGGAAGGAUUGCAGAAUAACUUGUUUCUUUUUAUUUGCAUUUUAUUCUUAUUUUAAAAUUUAUUAUUAUUAUUAUUAUUAUUAUUAUUAUUGUUAUUUUUUAUUUUUUUAUUUUUAGUAGCAUCCUUGCCUGUGCCUUAGCAAGGAUAGCUGGUGGCCUUGAACACCAGAAAAACAGUGCUGGCUUUUUGGGCCAAGCUUGUUACCAUUCCCAUUGCCAAGAACACUGUCCUGAUCAGAUGUGUCCAUCCCUUUCUGACUCAGUGGCUCCCACCAAAAUUAACCUCCCAAAGGAAUGAACCUAACAGCUUCCAGAGCGUCUCUUUUAUCCUCAUGGAAUAAGUCACCUUUUCUCUAAAAUGUGGCUUUUGCUUGAGGCUGAAGGUUUAAUUUUCCCCACCCACCUAUGAAGAGGAAAAAAUUGUGUCCCAGUGGUGGAAAAAAUGAAUCUCAUGAACAUUUCCAGUGUCCCUUGAGAGGGAAGGAAGUUCAGUGUUAUCAUGUGGCAUUUGUUAAUUUCUUUAAAUUCUCAUGUCUGUUACUAAGACACUACUGUUUAUUUUUCUAUGCCUAUACAGCACAUGAUUUGGUGGGGAUAAAGCAAGUAUAAAUUGGGAGCAGGUGAAGAUACAUGUGAUCAUAUGUACAGAGAGAACUGACUAAAAUGUGCAGCUAAAUUAUAUGUAAUAUGGGUUUUGAAGUAUUAGAUAUUCAGGAAUAUUUUGAGCAUCUUUUGCCUUUAAAAAAAAAAGUGCCUUGAUUUAGUCACUUGACUUUAAACAUUCCUCUUAUUUUAUUGUGAUUUUUAAUGUGUGUUCUGACCCCAAACUGUGUAUUAUGAUGCAGCGUGUCAGCUGCAGUCAGAGCAUAUGUUUUGUUCCAGUAACAGAGACUAAAGAGUUAAUAAAUAUGGUUCAGCUGCUACACUUGUGUGAUUAAAAGGCGUUUUAAUCACACCAAGUUUCUGUGGCCCCAAUAGCUGAGGCCUGCCAUUUGUGCUGGAGUAAAUUUGCACUUUUAACCACAUGGAUCGUUUGGGGGCCUUGUCCUUUUAUACUUUGCUUUGUUAAUAAAGGAACUUGU